AUGCCGGAUCCAUUAAUGGAGCGUGUGAUGGCAGUCUACAAGGAUGUGGACAAGAAUGAUGACGGCUUCCUGGACAAGGACGAGCUCUCAGCUAUGCUCGACGCCGUGGGUAUGCCCAAGGAGCGCGCCAGCGCGCUGUUUGACGCUGCAGACGUUGACAAGAGCGGGACGGUGGACUUCGAGGAGUUCUGCACGUGGCUCUUCUCAGACGUGAAGGAGGUCAUGGAAGUCUGCGUGAAGCAGGGGGAAAUUGUCAACAAACAUCUAAAACUGGAGAUGACUGUUGGGGACGUCCUCUGCUACGGUCUUGAUGAGAAGCUGAUGCGCAGCGAGUUUAGAUACGAGAUCGCUGUGGAACCCACCGCUGACACGGUCAAGCACCUCGAGUCUAGAGCCAAGUUCUACGCUGAAGAGAAGAAAAAGCAGCAACUCGAUAUGCUUGAGAAGGGCAUUGCAGACGCGAAGGCGAAGCUGGAGGCCGCCAAGGCGAAGGCUGCCAAGGCCAAGCCCAAGGAUGCCAAGGAGGGUAAGGAUGGCAAGGACGGCAAGGAUGCCAAGGCAGAGCCCACCCUGGAGGAGGUGCAGGUCGUAGAGGCGGAGAAGAAGUUGGCGGCAGCCGAGAAGGCCAAAGCGAGGAUGGAGGAGACACCUGCAGAGGUCCAGAAUGCGCCCUUCCUGGACAAGGUCUUGGAUGCUCUUGUGGCCGUGGAAGACAUCUCCUCAGGCUCCUCGGGUGCGCACGUCAUCAAGUGGAAAGCCAAAGAAGAGGGCACGGCCGUAGUGAAGGUCUCGCAGUACUUCACUGUUGUUGAGGGUCCGGAGGAAAAGGAGGUUGAGAAGGUGGAGACCUUCGAUUUCACAGUGACCAUUGUCCCAGCCAGCUCUUCCAGCGC